AUGCCUACACAAAACCUCAGCUCCAUGAGUGAUCCAACCAAAAGAAGGCUGAAAGUCUCAAAUGUUAGAAAUAAUAUCACUGUGGGAGAUAUAUUCUUUAUGCUCUUACUCCCAACAUUGGUAUGGAUGAUAUUUGGUAAUUUCAUAUGUGAUGACCUUUUAUUCUAUAUCCCAACUUUUAGCUUCCAACUAAGGGGUCAAAGAAAGUUUUAUAAUAAUAUUGAUAAAAAUAUUGGAAUUUCAGGAUCAGAAUUCUUCAGCUAUUUUGAAAAGGCUACGUUGGAUCUGCUUGAGAAAGAUUCACAAAUGCCAAGGCGAGUUCUUAAAGAGCCUAUUAAAGUAUCAUUGUUAUAUGAUUUAUUCGAAAAAAAGGUAAUUAACUCCAAUAAGUAUGACGAUAUGUAUGGUUGUUUACCAAAUACAAAAUCAAUAGUAGCAAGAUUGACCAAAGAUGUUAAUCCUAUCCCAGUCCAUUCUCAUAAUGAUUAUUGGAGGAAAUUACCUCUAUUUGAAGCAUUAAUGUAUGGAGCUACAAGCGUUGAAGCUGAUGUUUGGAAUAUGGAGACAAAUCAAACAUUACGUCAAGAUUCAAAGUCAAUUUGGGGGAGAAAUUAUACAUUAGGAGUUGCUCAUAAUGAAGCAUUUUUGGACUCAUGUAAUCAGAAUUUAUAUUCACUUUAUACUGGACCAUUGUUAAAAAUGUUAAAUCAAGUAAAUUGUGGGAACGAUAAAGAAAUUAAACAUGGAUUAUUUUUCAAUUCUCCUGAAACUACGCUAUAUUUUUAUAUUGAUUUCAAAUCAGAUGAUAACGUUUUGACGUAUAAUUUACUUAUGAAAAAAUAUUUGGAGGAUUUGAUUAAAGCAGGUUAUGUAUCAUAUUAUGACUUUGAGAAAAAGGCAAUUACGUGGAAUCCGAUCACUGCAAUCUUGACAGGAAAUUAUCCAAGAAAUCUAACCGUAUUGGACAAUGGUCCAUAUGGUCAGGAUCAGGGUCAGGAUCAUAUUCAAGAGGGAAACGCUGAAACAAUUAGAAAGGGUUAUUAUAAUGACGAUAAACGAUAUGUUUUCCUCGAUGCUUUAAUUCAUGAUUUAGGUAAUUCGAUUGUUGAUAGUACUACGUCGAUAACUGCUUCCUCUUCACUCUCUCAAAUAAAUUACAGUUGUUCUGGAAGUGGGGUUUUCGAUGAACAGUGUGCAACUAAUUUGAUUAGUACUUGUCAUAAAAUGGGUCUAAAAACAAGAAUCUGGGGUGUACCAAGUUGGCCUAGAAGUGCUGAAAGUGAGGCUUGGAUAAAACAUUCAAAUGAUUGGGGAUCUGAUUUUUUUAAUACUGAUAAUUUGGAAGAUGUAUUCAACAUUUAG